CGGGCAACAGGCGGGCAACCUACCCCUAGGCAGGGGUCUUGGGGACUCAACAGGAUUCUAGCUGUGGAGUCUGGCCUAGCACAGCUCCCACCCAGCUUUCUAGGGACAUUGGGUUCACGGGGACUCAACAGGGAAGCGAUGGCACAAGCACUCAGGGGCAUCACAGGGCAGUUCAUAACCCAGGUGGUCUGUGCGCACAACAGGGCCAGCUCAGGACACGGGUGGUCAGUGCACACAGCAGCGACAGUUCAAGACACGGGUGGUCGGUGCACACAGCAGGGACAGUUCAGAACACGGGUGGUCGGUGCACACAGCAGGGCCAGUUCAAAACACGGGUGGUCGGUGCACACAGCAGGGACAGUUCAGAACACGGGUGAUCGGUGCACACAGCAGGGACAGUUCAGGACAUGGGUAGUCUGUGCGCACAACAGGGACAAUUCAGGACACGGGUAGUCUGUGCGCACAACAGGGACAGUUCAGGACACGGGGAAGGUUGGUGCGCACAACAGGGACAGUUCAGAACACGGGUAGUCUGUGCGCACACCACGGGCAGUUCAUGGCUUCUAGGGACACUCACGGUAGGCGACUUGCAGACGCUCAGCAGCAGGCGGCUUUCAGGGACCCUCACAGCAGCCGGCUCCUCCAGGGGCCUAGCGAUCAGCAGCAAGGGCCCUCACGGCGGCCGGCUCCUCCAGGGGCCCAGCAACCAGCAGGCAGGGGCCCUCCCAGCAGCCAGCUUCUCCAGGGGCCCAGCGAUCAGCAGCAGGGGC